UGUAUUAUUUAUGUAGAUAACAAAAAAUCUUUCUUAUUUUACUAAUUUGAUAUCUGUUGUUAAAUAAAUGUGAAUUUAAUUUAGUUUUUCGAUUAUCUAGUUAAACCAGUUUUAAUUUUGAACUCAAUCCAGUAUAAAUCUAUAUACAUAACUAUUAUUAAAAUACUUUAAGCCACAGAAAUGAAUCGUAUAUUUGGAAAAACCAAAGAUAAGGCUCCCCCUCCGGAUAUGUCUACUGUUAUAAAAGGGGUAAAUACAAUUAUAAAUUUUAAAUUUUGUAUUUGAAGGGUACAACUGUUUUCUUGUCGUUCAAAGGUAGACGAACGAGCCGAAUCAGUGGAACAAAAAAUAAACAGAUUAGAAAAAGAGUUAAAAAAAUUGAAAGACCAAAUGGCCAAAAUGAGAGAAGGCCCAGCAAAGAAUUCAUUGAAACAAAAAGCUUUGAGAAUUUUGAAACAAAGGAAACAGUAAGCAAUAUGAAUUUAUCUACCAAAAAUCUAAAUGAUCCAUUUAAUAGCUCAUAUUAAUUUACUAGCCAUUUAAAAUUAUACUUUUGUAAGAUACCUGUAUCUUAAAUAUAAUUGGUUAAAUUAUUUUAUUAGUAUAUUCAUUUGUUUUUGCAGUGUAGUUGAUUUUUUUUUUAUUUCAGAAGAAAGUUUCUAUAUAUCUAUGUAGAUAUGUAUUAUUUUUAUUAUCAGCUUAUUCUUGGCCGUUUUGGCCCAUUAUCGCUUCCACUAACUCCCUCCAUGUUUAUCUGUUUUUCGCCAAUUCUUCUCCGUUUGUUAUUCCCAACAUCCCGAGAUCAGCCUUGACUCGGUCUUCCCAUCGUUGCCUAAACCUUCCUCUUGGUCAAAUUUUAUUAGGUCUCCAUUUCGUGAUGGUCAGUAUCAAUUGGUCUUCUGCUCUCCAGACAUGCCUAUCUUAUUCUCUGGCUUCUGAGUGUGGCAGCUAUGUCGGGCUCAUUAAAUAAGGUUUACAGUUCUCUGUUUGACCUUAUUUCAUAGCCAUCUUCUUCAUUUUUAAAUAUGUAUAUAUAUAUAUAUGUAUAAAUAUAUAUAUAUAUAUAUAUAUAUAAAUGAAGCUAAGGAUGAACUCAGAAAAUUAAUAUAACGUAUUAAAUAAAUUUCAAUAUUACUAAUUGUUUCUGCCUGUACAAUACAUUUUUAACAAAUAUUUUAAUAAUAAACAUUUAUAGAUACGAGAGUCAAGCUGAGAAUUUAAGAAAUCAAUCUUUCAAUAUGGAACAAGCAACUUAUGCAGUUCAAUCAUUGAAAGAUACUCAAUCUACAGUAGUUGCAAUGAAAACUGGCAUGAAGCAAAUGAAGAAAGAAUUUAAAAAUAUUAAUAUAGAUGAUAUUGAGGUAAAUCAAAAACAAAAAAAUUAAUACUACAUAGUAUUAAGUAAUUAACUAUUAUAAAUAAAUUAUUUUGUGACUGAAGUUAUAGUUAAAUCUAUAGUUAACCAUAAAAAUAUUGUAUUAUAUUUUAAUUAAAGAAGACAUAAUACAAAAUUGACUAUAAAGUGAACAAUUAUUUAAUUAUAUGAUUUUUAUUUAGGAUCUCCAAGAUGAAAUGGCUGAUAUGUUGGAUCAAUCUAAUGAAGUACAAGAAGCUUUAGGUCGAACAUACGGAGUUCCUGAUAUCGAUGAAGAUGAACUAAAUGCAGAACUUGAAGCAAUAGGCGAUGAAUUAGCUUUAGAUGAUGAUACGUCGUACCUGGAUCAAGUUAAUGUUCCAGACAAAGAACCUGGACAAAAAGAAAAGGAACCUAGUAAACCAGGUGAAAUAGCCGUAGAUGAAUUUGGUUUACCAAAAAUACCAGCGCAAUUUUAAUUAUCUAAUAAUAAACUUAACGGUAUUUAUUUAAUUUUUUUAAACAUUUUAAUUUUAUUUAUUAUGUAAUUACAUGCUUAUUACAAUUAAUAAACCAAUUUUAUAUAUUAACCUGUUGAUAUAAUUUUUUAAAACAUUUUUAUUACAACCGCUGAACUUUGUGCAUCAUUACUUUGUUAUAAUAAUAAUAAAUAAUAAAAUAAUUACAUAAAUCACUAAUUUUAAGUCAUGAGAUCAAAUUAUAUUCAUCAUUUCAAUGUAAAAAUUAUCACAAUUUAUUCAUUAUAAUUCCACCCAUUUGCAUUUUACUAAAAUCGUAAAAAAAUAAACGUUCAUUGUUUAACAAUAAAACUAGUUUAAUAUUUAAAAUUCAAGAAAAAAAUGAAUUAUUAAUUCAUCAUUAAACACUUUAACAUUUUCACCAAAUAUAGUAAAAACAAAUUGUGAUCAUUCGUAAUGACGCAAGUCACUAAAAUUUACAAACAUAAUGUAAAUAAACAACAAGUUACAAUUUAGUACAACUGUUUAUUAAAUAUUUUAAGUAAAAUAGUUGAUUAACAAAUUGAGUAUAACAUUAUUAUUAUUUUUAUGCAUAUUAACUAUUUAAAUUGUAAUUUAAUAAAUAUUACUUAGUAGAAAUACAUAAAACAAAUAACAGAAAUAAAUUUAAGCUUAUUAUACACAAAAUAAAUGAUUUUAGUUCAGUUAAAUUACAAUAAAUUUUUAACAUUAAAAAUAUUAAUGAACCAAUGAAUUAUUUUAUUUCAUCAAGUUCAGAAUUUACAAUUUCACAAGAAAAAGAUUUACUAAAAUGUAUUAGGAAAUUUGGUAAGACAUCAUUGAUGGAAAUAUCUUUUUUUAAAAUUGAACUCAGAGAAGUAACUCCUUUGUUGUGUAAGCCACAAGGUAUAAUAUGUUUGAACCAAGAUAAGUCAGUAUUGCAGUUUAGGGCGAUUCCGUGUGUAGUAACAUAUCGGCUACACCUGAUGCCAACAGCACAUAUUUUAUUAUUACCGAUCCAGACUCCCGUAUCAGGAGUAGUAUUUGCGUUGAGACCAUAUGUUUUGUUGCAGAGGUUUACAAUAGUUGUUUCUAGAUUUGUAACAUACCAACGUACACUAGGUUGAAAAUAUUUUAGAUUUAAAAUUGGAUAAGCGAUCAGCUGCCCGGGUCCAUGAAAAGUUAUGAGACCUCCACGGUUGGUGCGUUUAAACUCUGCGCCCAAUUUAACUAAAUUAUUUUCCAAAAGAAUAUCAUAGUCUCGUUGCCUGAUACCAAUAGUGUACACUGGUUCGUGUUCCACAAUAAUGAGGUAACCACAUUCAUUAAUUGCUGUUGUUUUUAAUGUUUCUGAUAAAUGGUUUUGUAAUUUAAGACAUGGAUCGUAACGCAUUUGUCCUAAUUUUAUUAAUUUUACUAGCCUGGAAUUCAUUUUGGUCUGUAUCAAAUUUUCUUAAAUGUUCGUAGAGUAUUAAGGAUAUCUAAAAUCAAAUUUUUUUAAAAAAUUUAAUAAUACCAAAUAAAUAUAUUUAUUCUAAAUUUAUAAGACAACCAAAUAGGUAAUAAUUACCA